AUGUCCAGCCGAGACAAGAAAGGUGAGCAGGCGGCCAGGAGGGAUGCCGAUAAAGAUCCAGGUGGCAGUAAGAGAUCUCGCAAGAAUCCCGAUGCCGAGCAUCCCAAGCAGCCAGGUCAGCACAUCCGAGUUUGCCUCAUGUGCAAAGGCAACAGCAAGGACGUCCCGUUCCCCGAGACCUCGGACACCGACGCUCCUGCUAAUGCUUGUUUGCGGUGCUACGCUAUCUUCAUUCCGUGUCGGUUGUUCGUGGAGUGGAAGGUUUUCGCAGGCUUAUAUCACACGGACCCAGGCCACAAGCAGAAUUGCAACAUCGCCCUCCGCCACAUGCCCAACGAAGCGGCGGCGGCGUCGGCGAUGCGGCCAGUCGAGGUCGCGGACGGCACGGGCCUGGGGGUGUGGGUCCCGUCCUCGUCCAUCAAGAAGGAGUGCAGCAACAGUACUCCGAAGCAGCUGAAGGUUGGAGACCCGAUUGAACUGACGAUCCUGGACCAGAAGGUUAGCGGGUACAUGUUCAGCGACGAGAGGUCGCAGAUGCGGAUCAAGGUGGGGGUCCAGGCGCGGGUUGACUCCAAGAAAGUGACGAUGCCAUUGACGGGCCAGAUCGUCCAGGGCUUGGCAAACCACGCGAUUCAGUUCGCGCGGCAGCAUGACCAGUCAGGAGUUCACAACGACUCGCUCUUCUCUUUCCUGACCCACAGCGCCACCAAAUGGGAGGAUAUCAGGGAGCGGGGCAUGAGGGUCGAGAGAGCGCGGGCGGCCCGCCGCAACCCGUCUGCGAGAGAUGGCGCGGCAGGCCCAAUGCCCUCGGCGGCGGCUGCGACCUCCGUGGGUAUCCAGAUCUUCUUCGACGGGUCCAAGAAGGGGCUCAUGACUGUGACUUUCGAGCACUCUUCAGUUCGAGAUGCUGAUGAUGAAGAUGGCCCUCUUGCAGUUCCUGACUCGGCCACAUCGGUUGCUGGCGAGUCGAUCGCCGCGACGUCUGAUAAAGGCGGCGGCAAGGGCAGGGGCUCCGCCAGAGCCAGCAAGAACCCGACCUACUGGAUCGCGAAGCUGAAGUUCGAGCACGCGCUUCAAGGCACCACCGACAAGCGCGAUGUGCACCAGGCUUCGGAGUGCGCGACGAGAUACGAGACCAAGUUCCCCGAAGAUCAGACUACGCACGCGCUCCGCAAGCACGUUGCUCGCAUCGGCGUCUUCCCAAAGGUCUCUCCGAAAGAGGUUGGGACGACGUCGUGGCCAGACAUUCGAGAUGCAUUUUCGGAGAUGGUCUUGAUCGAUGUGGCCCCUCCAGGUCGUGUGUUGAUCGCGCUCGUGGAAAAGAGGGCCAACGAGUUGGUUUCCGCGUCGACGUCAAGCAUGCUCAUCAGGGAGUCCGACAUCGAAGAGCUGGUGUCUUGCGUGUUGCCAUGGCCUCUUCCUAGCCGCCCCGCCAGUGGCGACGGCCCUCCAGUCUUUGACGUCUUGAAGCCCCAGGUGCACCCGAUCUCCUCAAUCGUUCCUGGCGCGGGGCAAUCCCAUAUCAUGAGCACGUUUCUCAUCAAGAGGUUCCUCUGCCAGAUCAUCAAGAACACGAACGAGGCCAACGUUAACAGCACGACGGGGGCGUGCAGGAAGUUGAAUGAGUUGUUGGACUUGCCAGACGAGGUCGAAACCUCUCACGAAGUCAUGGGCGUGUGCGAUAGCAUCUACAUUUCGAUUCGGGGGUUCACGGCAGUUACCCAGGGCAACAUCACGAUCGCCAAGAAGUUUGAUCAUUUGUCUGACGUGGAGUCGUUGCACAAAGCAUCCGAAAAGACCGUCGGCACGUCAGUGUUGCAGGAGGUCGGGGCUUCCAUCUGCCGCAAUGAGUUCUUGAGCAGUAAGAUGUCGACCUUGAUGAAGGACCUUGACGUGAUCAGGAAGCGCGGCCCCCAGAUGCAACAUCACCUGAAGAGGCUGGUUGACAUCAGCACGAGCUCCAGCUUCAAAGAUAUGAUUCACGUGAUUGAUGAGGGGCUCACGUAUUUCAAGCAGUACUCGGGGCUGUUCUCUCCUGGCAUGUGCUCUGUGCUUGAGGACUACAUACAUCGCAAGACGGACCUGCUGUAUCAGAAGCUGGCCAAAACAAGCACAGAAGAUGGAGAGAAGACGGAUGAGUUCAACGCUACCGUGGCAACCGCUCAGGUUUUGUUCCAGGGUUGCUGGCAGAAGUUCUCCGAUAAGACCCAGUACGACAUGUUUAUCGAAGGCUGCGGGGGCAUGUUGAGUAACAUGGCAAACGCGACUUUCACUACAGGCAUCGUCAACAAGUUUCAGGCAAUCAACCAGGACGUGUCGUCAUCAGCCUCAUUGCUGAAAGAGUUGGCGGCUGCCCUUCGCGAGAAGGGGGGCCUGCUGUCUCCGGAGGACUUCGUCAAGGACGCCGAGGGCUUGUUGAAAGAUAUCGUUGCCGGUGUCUUUGCGUCGCUGUGGGCGGGGGAUCAUUCGCUGGAUGGGGUCUACGCCAAAACAGAUAUGUGCGACUCGCUCGCCAGCAUUCUGGACUACGUCGUCUGCAUCGCCAGCACUGAGAAGAAGGCCGCGUUCAAGGCGGCGUCCAAAACCCUGUCGAGCUCGGCCACCGUUCUGAAGGCGACCGAGCCCGACCCGUCGGACAACAAGAAGAUCAAUGGCCUCAAGGAUAUCAGCGCGCACGAUGCCCUCUCCUUGACUCGCACUGUGAAGGAGCUGAAUGGUUCGAUCAAGAACUGCAGCGCAGCAUUCCCUGGAUCCAAAGACGUUUCCCAGAACAUGUGGAUUCUCGUCUCCUCUGGGCUCGCUGAGGCAGGGCAGCACUACCGCGUGCAGAUCAAAGAAGAAUCCGCCAGCAUGAUCGCCGAGAUGAUUGACGUUGCCGCCUGCAAGGUUGAGGGCAGCGAUGACGCCUGGUCUGCGAACUUGCCUGAUGUGGCUGAUGGCUGGGGAGCCUUCGUCUCGAGAGCCGAGCCCUCCUUGAUGAAAUGCGAUUCGAAGAAGUUGGCGGCGCUGAUCUCCGAGGCGCAGGCUGCACGGGAGAAGUACGACGAGCUCGGCAACAGUUUCGGCAUCGCCGAAGGCGAGGGCACGGCCUGGACAGAGGUGAACGACUCGCUCAAGGUUGCGCGGGUGACUCUGUCUGCUCACAACCUCAUGAAAUCCUACUUGGCCACGGGGUUCGACAAGCCAGCAUUGAGGAUGGCCACGAGGAGCGAGAUUGAGGGCCAUCUGAAGUACGGCAUCGCGAAGGGCGAUCUCCCGCCGAUGCUGGUGGUCCGAAUGCAGUCUGCGAUGAAGUUGCAAUCGUUCCCGUAG